UAGGACUCUUUAAUUUACGUCUCGCUGUUUGCCGGACGGGUCGGGUUCCUUUGGCUUCAUUUAAAAGCGGGGAAGCGGCAGCGAAGAACGGCCGUCCAGGGUGAAAACAUCCGCGCACCCUCUAUUUUGUCGCAUGUUUGGUGACGUCCCAUAAUCGACUUGCUGUGAAGUCUCCGGGGCCGAGGCCUAAAGACUUUUUUUUUUUGUAACGCAUACAAUUUUUGUUUCCAUGCUUGGAUCGCGGUGCCCGUUUUGACCGGGUGUAAACCGAUGAAGCACUUUAUUCUGUGAUUGAAGCGGAAACGGUCGGAAACGGUAGCCAGCUAAUUGUAGCUACUGCUAACUGCCAGCGAGGAAGUGAGGAACGAAAAAAUGACAUCUCGGAGGUGGUUUCACCCCAACAUCACAGGUGUGGAGGCUGAAAACCUCCUGCUGACUCGUGGAGUGGAUGGGAGCUUUUUAGCCAGACCCAGUAAGAGUAACCCAGGAGACUUUACACUCUCAGUACGGAGAAAUGGAGCCGUCACCCACAUUAAGAUCCAGAACACAGGAGACUAUUAUGACCUUUAUGGAGGGGAGAAGUUCGCCACUCUGGCGGAGCUGGUGCAGUAUUACAUGGAGCAUCACGGCCAACUGAAAGAGAAAAACGGAGAUGUCAUUGAGCUCAAGUAUCCUCUCAACUGUGCGGAUCCCACCUCGGAGAGAUGGUUCCACGGACAUUUGUCGGGCAGGGAGGCCGAGAAGCUGCUGACGGAGAAAGGGAAGAAUGGCAGCUUCCUGGUGAGAGAGAGCCAGAGCCACCCCGGGGAUUUUGUUCUGUCAGUCCGGACAGGAGAUGACAAGACGGACAGCAGUGACAACAAGCCCAAGGUCACUCACGUCAUGAUCCGCUGCCAGCAUGACCUGAAAUACGACGUGGGCGGAGGGGAGAAGUUUGACUCCCUCACCGACUUGGUAGAACACUACAAAAAGAAUCCCAUGGUGGAAACUCUGGGCACCGUGCUUCAGCUCAAACAGCCCCUGAACACUACGCGUAUUAACGCUGCAGAGAUUGAAAGUCGAGUUAGGGAGCUGAGCAAACUAGCGGAGGCCACAGACAAGGUCAAACAGGGCUUCUGGGAAGAGUUUGAGACCUUGCAGCAACAAGAGUGCAAGCUGCUCUACAGUCGCAAAGAGGGCCAGAGAGCAGAGAACAAAAACAAGAACAGAUACAAGAACAUUCUGCCUUUCGACCACACACGUGUGGUGCUGAAUGACAGGGACCCAAAUGAGCCAGGCUCUGACUACAUCAACGCCAAUAUCAUCAUGGUCGUAUCUGCUGUCUUGCCGGAGCUAGACCCAAAGUGUAACAGUACAAAGGUGAAGAAGAGCUACAUCGCCACUCAGGGCUGUCUGCAGAACACCAUCAGUGACUUCUGGAGGAUGGUGUUUCAGGAGAACUCCCGAGUCAUCGUGAUGACCACCAAAGAGGUGGAGAGAGGAAAGAGCAAGUGUGUGAAGUAUUGGCCGGACAUGUCGUCUCUGAAGGAGUACGGUGCGAUGCGCGUCCGCAACGUCCGAGAGACGGCUGCACACGACUACAUCUUAAGAGAACUCAAACUGUCAAAGGUUGGACAGGGCAAUACAGAGCGUACAGUCUGGCAGUACCACUUCAGGGCCUGGCCGGACCACGGAGUCCCCACUGACCCAGGCGGCGUUCUCGACUUCUUAGAGGAGGUCAACCUAAAGCAGGAGAGCAUACUGGACGCUGGGCCUAUAGCGGUACACUGCAGUGCAGGGAUCGGGCGGACGGGAACGUUUAUAGUGAUUGACAUCCUGAUAGAUGUGAUCAGAGAAAAAGGGGUGGACUGCGACAUCGACGUGCCAAAGACCAUCCAGAUGGUUCGUUCUCAGCGCUCUGGGAUGGUGCAGACUGAGGCGCAGUACAGGUUCAUCUAUAUGGCCGUGCAGCACUACAUAGAAACCUUGCAGAGACGCAUAGAGGAGGAACAGAAAAGUAAGAUAAAAGGGCGAGAGUACACCAACAUCAAGUACUCUUCAUCUGACCUGACUGGAGGAGAGCAGAGCCCUUUGCCUCCUUGCACUCCUAUUCCUACUCCCACCUGCACAGAGAUGAGGGAUGACAGCUCCAGAGUGUAUGAGAACGUGGGCCUGAUGCAGCAGCAGAAGAGCUACAGAUGAGAUUCACCUUUGACCCCAGUGCUCUAUCCGUUCCAGGAUCUUGAUACCUGACAGUUUUUUCGCCAGCCACACCGUGACGCCUGAGACUUGACCGCAAUGACAUGGAACAAUGGAAAAACACACGCAACAUAAAAACGUGAGAGAGACCAGACACCAGGGUCCUCCUGUUCUCGCUCAUCUUACAUGAACAUUCGCCCGCUAGUUGAAUUCUAAACCACUGUGAUGAUCAUCAGAAGAGCCUUUGAGAAGCCUAACAUGCUAAAUCCUACGACUAAAACACAGUUUUAGGAUUAGCCUUUGUAAAUCUCACCCCAACAAGGGCUGCAAACAGCAAGCACUCUCCUCAGAGGGGACACACUUAGCUAACCUUUGCUCAUCUCUCAUAUUUCUAUGUUUUUUGUUUUUUUUAAUUAACCAAAGGAAGGUUAUGUAGGUUGUUUGUGAAUGGGAAGUGAGGUGUUUUCUGAAUAAGGCCUGUGCCAAAAACCACAAAUAAUUGUAUCCACAUUUCUCAGCCAAUUAAAAGUCUCUGUUCGGCCGGUUCAGCCUGUAAAGCGCUGGGAGACGAGACCUUAUUUGUGGACAAAAGUGGGGCAAAAAAUUUGGAUUAGUGUCCAGUUUUCACUGUUAUAUAGAGUUAAUGUUUCUGAAUGAAGAACUAUUGGCAUUGUAGUGUAAUAUCAUAUUUACUGUAGAUUUGUAAUCCACUGACUUCUAAACAUGAAUUCCUUGUUUUCUUUGCGCCAGAACUGCCUCCAAGAGAAAUUUUAAUUCAGGCUGUUCGGAGUGUGAAUUAACAUUUUUUUUGUCGUCCACAUGUGUUUUUAAUAUGCUUUUGUUUGUGGGAUACACAGUGUCUGUUAGUUUAACCAUUCCUGAGCUCAACCCGAAUGCCCUUAUUGCUGCACUUUUAUUUCGCAGCAUAACAGUUACAGUCAAGCCUUGAUUCACCUGGUGGAUUUCUAAAUAAUCUAAUCUGGGGUUUAGAGAGGAGUUUCUUCAUGCCUGCACUUCUAUGUCAAAGUCAGUGUGAUGACGUAUAAAGAUUUCAGGGGAGUCUGUAAUGCAGGCAUCGCCACAGACGCACGGCUGCCAAAAGAACUUUGUUUUUUAAGUUUUUUUUAAAAGUGCAUUUACUUUUUUCUUUUUUUCCAUUCGUUCUUGUGUUUUUUUUUUUUUUUAUUAAGACAAAUGCCUUUUGUGUAUCAUUGACCUAUUUUGAGCACCACAUGUACUUAAUUUUAAGUCUCACUGUUUUAAGAAGCAAUCACACAUCUCUCAGCUUUGGCACUAUAGAUAGUCAUUGUUGUGGUUAUAGAUUGUUGGCCCUGUAAUAAUCAGCUGGAUUCACACUUUUCUUAUCUUUUUUUUUUUUGUUAAUAACAUUUAAAGGAAUCUAUUGACAUUUUGUGAAAUUUGCUCAUUCACUUUCUUGCAAAGGGUUAGAUGAGAGGGUCGAUGUAUGAAGUCAGCCGCUGGUUAGCUUAGCUUAGCAUAAAGACUGGAAACAAGGGGAAACCGUUAGCCUGGCUCUGUUCAACGGUAACACAAUCCCCAUACCAGCAACUCUAAAGCUAACAUUAACAUGUUAUAUCUAGUUUGUUUAAACUGUACACAGACAGAAAGAAAAAAUGUUUUGGUUCAAAGGUUUUGUCCCCUUCAGACAGAGCUAGCUGUCCCCCCUGCUUGUAGUCUUUAUGCUAAGCUAAUCACCUGCUAGCUCUAGCUUCAUAUUUAGCGUACAGAUAUGAGAGUGGUAUCGAUCUCUUUGUCUAACUAGCAAGAAAUCUAACGAGUACAUGUCGUAAAAUGUGAAACUAUUCAUUUAACUUCACCUUCACACUAAGCUGCAGUAUUAAUGGAAGUCUGGUGUUUUGGAUCUGCAGUAAUCCAGUGAGAAUCCCCAACACUCAUUUCAAACGUGUUGCCUAAGUAUUUUGUUUUUGUCAAGCCUUCCCAACACUACGCCUUGAGAAACUGCAGUCUUGAGACUGAACUUACUGUAACAGUGCUGACUCAGAAUCUCUCCAUUAAGAAAAGGAAAGAAGCAGCUAUCCUCUUUGCCUUGAGGGACAGUUCUCAACAACCACUGAUCCAGGAUUGAACAGCUUCUUUCUGUAACAUUUUGAAAAUCAUGAAAUCAGUGUUUUUUCGGGGGCUGCUUCCUCCCACCGGAGGACUCUGCUAACGCCCGGCUGCUGCUUCACAGCAAGUGUUCUUUGAAAUGAUUCCUCUCCUCCCGGGUGAACGCCAUCCACUGACUGAGAUCUUCUGUAGUGUGGUGUACUGUAUGCAGUUUUAUCGUCAAAAACGAAUGAGUUUGUACUCGUCUCAUGUUUCGUGGAGUGCUUGCUUUGUGGUGUUUUGUGUCCUGUGUGUGUGUGUGUGUGUGCGAGGAGGAUGUGUGUAUGUGUUGUGAGAGUGCGGCUGCUCAUCGGCCAUAUGUUCUUGAAUACUUUACUGUUUUUUUUGCUUUUCCUCCCAGAUGAUAAAACUGCUUUCCAUUUAUCAUGUAAGCAAUUUAGAUGCAUAGACGUGCCUUCUAUGCAUAUGCCUAUGUGUAUGUGAUAGCUAUUAAAAAAAACAAAACAGUGCUAAUUAGUUCCACCACCAUUCAAGAACAUGUAACACUUAAAUGUGAAUUAUUUCAUCCUGAACAAUAAAAGGAAAAAAAACGGUGAUCGCAAUGCAAACAAACUAUAUUUUUUAACAUGUAUAUUGUACAUGAGUACCUGAUAGAGGAGAAUGUACUUACUAAAACAUAUCUACUUGCCAAUAAGAUAUACUGUAUGUAUAUUCCUACAGCUUUCUCUCUGUGACACAGGGAGGGACCUCUCUCAAAGCUGAAGAGGUUUAUUGUAUGACUUUCAAUGCAGUUAACCAUGUUAACUUCCUCAAUAACAAUAAAUGGCAGGCUAAUGCCUCAGUAA